AUGUCGCGACAAUAUCUCGCGUGGGGUUCAGCCGACAAUGCGCACCCACUCGACAUCUUCUCACUGGCAGUGACCGAGAAACAUGUUCUGUCUGUAUCCGGUGCUCCGUCAAUCAAAGUACAUUCAACCGAGAACACCGAGUUUCCCCUGGUCCAGUCAAUUGAUGGAGCCCACGCCUUGGGAUGCCACCAUAUCGUGACCGACUCUGCUGGCACUCGCGCCGUCAGCGCUGGCUUUGACGGUACUCUCAAAGUAUGGUCACUCAACGAGGGACAUUGGACUGCCGACUCGGAUAAGACAGCUGAUCUGGCCAACAUUCACCCCUGGGCCAUUGCCCUGUCUGGGGAUGGUCAAUACCUGGCAGGUGUCUCAGAAAGCGGCCAUGUUGGUGUCUGGGAUCUGAACAACCAAGGCGCUCAGAUUCGAGACCACGAAACCAAAGGAAGCUUUGGCACCUGUAUCGACCUGUCUGGUGAUGGCCGUUUCAUUGCAAGCGGUCACGAAAACGGCGCCGUGUACAUUUUCCUCACCGACACAGGUCGCAUGCCAUUUUCUCUUUCAGGCUUGGUCAAACCCGUCCGUGCAGUGGCCUUUUCGCCCGGUGGAAAGAUUCUCGCUGCUGCGGGCGACUCCAAAGUCAUUGUGCUUUAUGACACCUCUUCAGGUGAACAAAUUGCCAAUCUUUCUGGUCACGCGGCCUGGGUUCUGUCUCUGUCAUGGAGUAGCUCUGGAGAGUAUCUCCUCAGCAGUUCCUACGAUGGCAAGGUCAAAGUCUGGUCAAUUGAUACCAAGAUGUGCGUCGCUACCCAUUCGGAGACUGAAAAGGCAGUGUGGAGUGUCAAGUGGCUCCCAAAGACUGCCCGUUCCGAAAGCUUCGCAACUGCAGGUGCCAACAGAAGUGUAGCCUUCUACCGCGAAGCCACUGGUGGUUGA